AUGAACGCCUUCGUGCAGCACUCCAGAGGGGGAGCCUGGCAUUUCGCUGGCCUCGCCUCUUCGUUCCCGGACAUCCAAUCGCACGAUGAUUGUUCGCUGAUCAAACCACACUGCAAAGCCUUCAGCAUCCCCAAGACCAAUAAUGGGCCCAGCAGCGACGACAAGGCGCCAAUCCCAGCCAACCUGGAUCGCCCCGGCCGGGAGCUGAAGGAUCAAGUCCUCGUGUUUAAAUUCAAGGGUAAAUUCCACGCCAUUGAUCAUCAAUGCCCCCACUCGGCGUUUCCGCUCUCACGGGGCAGCUUGUUUGAUAUCGAGGAUUUUGGCAUCACCUUGAGUGCGGGGAUCACGUGUCCUCAGCAUGACUGGUCGUUUGAUCUGUUCUCCGGACAGGGAGAUCGCGGGAAUUACAAGCUGAAGGUUUGGGAGCUCCAGCUGCGUGAUCCGAGUGCGACUAACGGGGCUCCUGAGCCGGGUGAUCAGGAGGUUUGGGUGAGGCGAAAGCAACGGAUUGGAUAG